UACCACGGAUGUUCAAGUGGAUCUAAAUUUGUUAUUUUGGAUGGAUGCGACUAGAGGGAAGAUGCGACUGAUUUUGCUCUCCCUCCUCCUUCUGUGGAUAUACCGAGUACCCUGUACUAAAAGCCUAACAAGGCCUUACAUCCCUCAGUAUAUGCUGGAUCUCUACCAAAACAAAGCGCCUUCUUUUUCAUUUGACACUGUCAGAAGUUACAGUAAUAUUUUUGGAGAUCCGUACGAAAAUGAAAACAUUGUACAAGAUAACCGCCAUCACUUUUUGGGUUUUAACUUAAGUAAAUCUCCUCCCAACGAAAGAAUUGGUCUAGCUGAAUUGAGACUUUAUACGAAAAUAAGAAAUGACAGAAUGGGUGAAAGUCAAAUAACUAUUUUCGAUAUUUUACCGAACGAUCAGAGAAAAAUAAUAGCGAAAAAAUCCUUGUAUGGGAUCUCUAGUUCGUGGGAAACUUUUAAUGUUACGGAUGCAGUGGUGAAUUGGCUCCAGCAUCCCGAACAGGAUCAUCGGCUCGAAGUUUAUUUAGAAGGAGAAGAUCAACAGGAUUUAGAUGUUAGCCUUGUUCCGUAUCGAGAGACGGAACCAUUACUACUCUUAUAUUCUAAAAUAGAAAAUAAAUCCAUUGAAGAUGGCGUAUUGAAGAGGAUGAGAAGAUCAUUGGUACCACACAGAAUCGAGAAAAGAAGUGAAGACGAAGACGAAGAACAAGAAGAAAUGACUAAUUAUAUUGUAGAAGAGCUCGGAAAGAAAGUAACGAAGAGAGGAAAAGUGAGAAGAAGGAAGAAUCCUUGUCGUAGAAAACCGUUAAAAGUCAAAUUCUCCGAUAUAAACUACGAUACUUGGAUAAUUGCUCCCGAAUCCUACGAUGCAUUCGAGUGCGCUGGUAAGUGUCAUUUUCCGAUGAGUGCCCAUCUAACUCCCACCAAGCACGCCAUCAUCCAGACUCUGAUGCAUCAGACUAAUCCAAAAUCCGCAUCUAGAUCGUGUUGCGUACCCACCAAAUUGGCACCCAUUUCAAUUUUAUACUUAGACGAAGACGGAAGUGUCACAUAUAACUACGAAUACGAAGACAUGGUGGUGACUGAAUGUGGUUGUAGAUAAGAACUGCAAUUAUAAUACUAUGAUAUGUAAUUCUAUUUGAUAAUUGAUUUUAAAGUUAGUGUUCCAGAUGAAGUUUCCAUAAAGCGAAGUAAGUUUAUUCUUAUUUUAAUCAUUCGGCUUUAAUGUUUACAUAGUUCAAAGAUGAAAAGCAUUACAUAGGAAUGUUAAUACAGUAAAUACUAUAAAAUAAAUGGAUACUCGAGAAUUUCAUAUCUAAGAGUGCAAUAUAUGUGCUUAUCUGUAUAAUAUAUAUUCUUUGUACAUUUAUAAUAGAUAAUAUAAUUAGAAUAUAUAAGACUAGCUGUGAAGAUUCAGUUA